UCCUAAAGCCCUAAAACCGGAAAAAUAUCGUAAAGCGGCAGCUUAGGGUUAUUUGCCCCUCUUCUUCACCAUGGACAAGGACGCUAGCGUGAGAUCAGGGUUCGAGAGUGAGGCUGCUGGAAAGGAAAUUGUCGAGGAUAACAGAUCCAAGCCCCAAGCUUUUAUUUCUGUGGAGGGAUACGACACUCGUCUGCCUGAGGACAAUAUCAAGACUCAAUUGAUUAAUCACUUCAAUUCAUGUGGCGAAGUCGUUAAUGUUAUUGUCCGCGAAGACCCAGAUAGCCCUAAUCUCGACAGAUGUGCUUUGGUUAUUCUUCUCGGAGAAGGCGCAGAAGAGAAGGCCUUGCAACUUAAUGGAACUGACAUUGGUGGAUGGAAGGCUCUUGUUACAGUUGAACCAGAGGAGCAGGAGGAAGAAGACGAGGAGACACAACGUUAUAGAUCCUCUCUGGCUGAAAAAGUAUUGAAUGACCGCAAAUUUUGGUAUGGCGUUACCGUUAGUGGAUAUGACACUUCCCUUCCUGCACAUGAAGUCAAGACAUCUUUGAUAGAGCACUUCUCAUCCUGUGGAAUGAUCACCCAUGUUUACGUCUCUACUCUCGAUAAGAUGACUAAUAUUUAUUUUCACGAAAAAGAAGGAGAAGCUAGGGCGCUGGUUCUUUGUGGAACUGAAGUGGGAGAAGGAUUCAAAAUAACUGUUGAGCCCGUAGCUACAAUCUUUACUAACCUUCCCCCUCCCUCCGGUGACAUUUGUUUCGGCUACUGUAUCCCAGCUCAUAUGAUUGAGUUUGCCGGCGAGAUCCACGACAAGGUCGCUACUUUUAAGAAGCAUAGGAGGUCUAUCUAGAAAUCUCUCUCCCUCUCUCUCAAGAAGCUCUAUAUUUGGUGUGCUUAAUAAGUAACAAAUCGUGUUUCAUAUUGUUUGAUGGUGUUUCUACGCAAUAUUCGAUGAUACAAUAAGACUAUUAUGAUAAUUUCAUAUUGAUUUUUUUAGAUAAUAGAAACUGGUUAUUCAUA